GGCGGGACUUAGCGAGUGGCAGCACACAGAAAACUUUGUUAGCUUCUUCGCUAACAUCGUAUCAUCGUCUGCUGAGACAUGACAGGAGCGUGAAGCGGCGCGACACGAACCAUGGAGAGGAUGGACUGCCAAGGCGACGAUGAUGGAGACAUGUGCAGAUGGGCCACUUCAGUGCUGCUGAACAGCAAACAUGAAAUCAGCGCUCGAGUGCAGCAGUUUGUGGAGGAGAGGAUGCAGACCACCAUGCUCACUGGUGUGCUGAUAGGAGCUGCAGUCGCCGUCUCACUGAUUGGCAUCGUGGUCCUCUUCCUUUACAGGAGAUACAAGCUUGCCCGUAAACAACAGCCAGGUGUUCCUCAGUAUCGCUUCAGGAAAAGAGAUAAAGUGCUCUUCUAUGGAAGGAAGAUCAUGCGAAAGGUCCAGACGUUGUCGUUGAUUCCUCCCCCCACCUCCACCUCAGUAUCAAAGCAGCCGCAGCGCAUUCGCAAACGAACCAAAGUCCUAAGCAUAGCUCGCAAAAUCCUUCGGAUCCGUAAAGACCCUCCCACCCUGCAGCCCAAGGAACCCCCUCCCUCACUGCUGGAGGCUGAUUUAACAGAGUUUGAUGUGCAGAGCUCUAACCUGCCCUCUGAGGUCCUAUACAUGCUGAAGAAUGUCAGGGUCUUGGGACAUUUUGAGAAGCCCCUGUUCCUGGAGCUGUGUCGCCACAUGGUGUUGAUCGAGCUGCAGGAAGGCGAAGGUCUGUUCAGGCCGGGAGACGAUGACGACAGCAUCUUCGUGGUGCAGGAUGGACGACUCGAGCUCUGUAUCCAGGAGAAUGAUGGUACAGAGCCAGUUGUGAAGGAUGUGCACCCAGGAGACAGUGUCCACAGCCUGCUCAGCAUCCUGGACAUCAUAACCGGUUAUCCAGCUCCAUAUAAGACUGUGUCAGCCCGAGCUGCAACCCGCUCCACCAUAUUACGUUUACCUGCAUCUGCCUUUGAGUCAGUUUUUAAGAAAUACCCAGAGACGCUCGUGCGCGUCAUUCAGAUAAUCAUGGUGCGCCUCCAGAGAGUCACCUUCUUGGCGUUGCAUAACUAUCUGGGCCUGACAACUGAGCUCUUCAAUCCGGACAGCCAGGCAGUGCCCUUAUCCAACAUAAACAGUGUUAUGGCCGAGGCAAAUUCUGGGAAGAUGACUCGUCGGCUUCACUUUCAGGACGAGUUACCUGCUGGGACCGUGGAAGGCCCCGCAGAGUCAGAUGGUGUGAAAGAUAGCCCAUCAAACAGCUAUAGGAAGCUGCGGUCCAUCACCAUGCCCACCGACUGCACAGGCAAUGACCUGAACAUGGCUUGUGAACGAGCUCGAGUCACGAUAGAUGAGGCUCCGUCCAGUCCUCUGACUCAAAAGUCCAGUCUGAAGAAGAGCGUGACGAUGCUGCACACGCCCUCUGAAGUGUUUCACUACACAGACAGUGGGGGGCAGUCUGAUGCCAUCCACCUCAGUAAGAGCAGCACAAUCCUCCAGGCCGCUAAGAGAGACCUGCUGGGAAUCAUCCAGCUGCAGGAUCCGACUCUGCUCGAGGGCAGAGUCACGCUUCAUCAAGUCAAAGCAGGUUCUGUGGUGGCUCGUCAGGGAGACCAGGAGGUGAGCAUCCAGUUUGUGAUUUCCGGACUUCUCCACGUUUACCAGCGGAUGAUUGACCGCGAAGAAGAGACGCGUCUGUUUGUGACGCACCCUGGGGAGCUUGUUGGCCAACUAGCUGUCCUGACAGGAGAGCCGCUCAUAUUCACUGUCAAGACUCAGCGAGACUGCAGCUUCCUCUCCAUUUCCAAAACCCACUUCUAUGAGAUAAUGCGUGUGGAGCCAAACGUUGUGCUGAAUGUUGCUCACACAGUGGUGAGGAGGAUGUCUUCUUUUGUCAGACAAAUAGAUUUCGCUCUCGACUGGAUGGCCGUGGAGGCUGGCAGGGCUGUCUACAGGCAGGGAGAGAAAUCCGACAGUACGUUCAUAGUACUGAGCGGCCGACUUCGCUCCGUAAUCAUGAAGGAGGACGGCAAGAAGGAGCUGAUAGGAGAGUACGGACGCGGUGACCUUAUUGGAGUGGUUGAAGCCCUGACCCAUCAGAACAGAGCCACCACCGUGCACGCUGUACGAGACUCUGAGCUGGCCAAGCUACCGGAGGGAGCUCUCAGCUCCAUCAAGAGGAAGUUCCCACAGGUUGUCACCAGGUUGAUCCACCUACUGGGACAGAAGAUCCUCCAGCAGGUCAACGGCCCCCUGACAACUCGCAGUUUGGCGCUCCACACUCCCGGCAGUAAAUGGGACGCAGGGAACCAAGUAUCCAACCUCUCAACUGUGACCGUCCUGCCUGUUUCAGAGGAGGUCCCUCUGACUGCCUUCACCCUGGAGCUGCAGCAUGCGCUCAUCGCAAUAGGCCCCACUCUUCUGCUGACGAGUGAAGUCAUCAAACAGCGACUUGGAGCUGCAGCACUUGACAGCGUCCAUGAGUACCGUCUGUCCAGCUGGCUGGGCCAACAGGAAGACCUCCAUCGCAUAGUUCUUUACCAGACUGACUACACACUGACGCCGUGGACACAGCGGUGCAUCCGCCAGGCCGACUGCAUCAUCAUUGUGGGAAUCGGGGAGCAGGACCCUGUUGUCGGGGAGCUGGAGCGCAUGUUGGAGGGAAGUGCAGUACGUGCUCAGAAGCAGCUGGUGCUGUUGCACAGAGAAGACGGCCCCCAGCCCAAAGGAACUGUGGACUGGCUGAACAUGCGAAGCUGGAUCUCCAGACACCUCCACCUCUCCUGUCCCCGGAGGGUCUUCUCUAAGAGGAGUCUGCCCAAACUGUUGGAGCUGUAUCAGCGUGUGUUUGAGAAGCCAGCAGACCGCCACUCUGACUUCUCCCGCCUGGCUCGCGUCCUCACGGGCAAUGCCAUCGCCCUUAUUCUAGGAGGAGGGGGGGCAAGGGGCUGUUCCCAGGUGGGAAUCCUGCGAGCUCUCUGCGAGGCCGGCAUCCCGGUAGACCUCAUUGGCGGCACUUCCAUCGGGUCCCUAAUGGGGGCACUAUAUGCUGAAGACCGCAGCCACAGCCGCAUGAGGAUGAGGGCCAAAGAAUGGGCAAUGGAAAUGACAUCAGUGUUUAAGAAGGUUCUGGAUUUAACAUACCCGGUCACCUCCAUGUUUUCCGGAGCUGCCUUCAACUCCAGCAUCAGCAACGUCUUCAAGAGUAAACAGAUCGAGGACCUUUGGAUCCCAUAUUUCAACAUCACCACUGACAUCACUGCCUCGGCCAUGAGGGUCCACACUGACGGCUCUCUGUGGCGAUACGUCCGCUCCAGCAUGUCUCUUUCUGGGUAUCUCCCUCCUCUCUGUGACCCCAAAGAUGGACACUUGCUGAUGGACGGAGGCUACAUCAACAACCUGCCUGCUGAUGUGGCGCGCUCCAUGGGGGCCAAAGUGGUGAUUGCUAUUGACGUGGGCAGCAGGGAUGAAACCAACCUCACUAAUUAUGGCGACUCACUCUCAGGCUGGUGGCUGCUAUGGAAACGCCUCAACCCCCUAGCUGAGAAAGUAAAGGUGUUGAACAUGGCAGAGAUUCAGACGCGGCUGGCUUACGUGUGUUGCGUGAGGCAGUUGGAGUCUGUGAAGAACAGUGACUACUGCGAGUACAUCAGGCCGCCGAUCGACAGAUACCGCACUCUGGAGUUUGGAAAGUUUGAUGAGAUUGCCGAGGUGGGAUACCAGCACGGCAAGACAGUGUUUGAUGUUUGGAUACGCAGCGGCGUGGUGGAGAAAAUGUUGAAAGACCGACACCAGGAGGACUUCCACAACACCCAAAGCAAGAACAAUGUCGUGACGUGUCCCAAUGCUUCCUUCACUGACCUGGCAGAAAUCGUGUCUCGCAUCGAGCCAGUUAAACCUGCUGUGGUGGAUGAUAAACAGGAGUCAGACUACCACACCGACUAUGAAGAGGAGGCGAUGGAGAGCGCUCCGUCCGACAUGGAGCUGUACAGUCGAUACGGCGAGCACACUGAAGGGGAGGAGACUGCUGACACGGAUGAAGACCUGGAUUUGAGUCGCAAACGUCGCAUAACCAAACUCACUGCCAGCGAGUAGAAGUAAGUGGCCCAGACCCUCCACUGGAUGUGCCGUCAAACCAGGAAGUCCUUUCCAAACAGUCCAUGAAGUGAAGACAGCACUAACGACCUCUGAAGGAGCAGGUCAUCACGAUGUAACCUGCCUCUCUUCGCCUUACAUUACCCUCCACUUUGUCCCACGUCACUCAAAACCUCCUCCUUCCUCCCCUGAGACUAUCAGAGUAACCAUGAUUACCAGUGUGCCCUCGUUAGCCGUGUGGCUCACAAGCUCAAUGCACAGUCCCUUGAAAAAAAACUUCCUACGGGCGUCAAGAACAAGGUUUACUCACCUUCAAAGUCUAAACAGGAGCAGCUGAAAGCUUCAUUAUUUCUCAUGUUGAGAGUCGAGAUGACUUCCUGUAGCUUUACAUGAAUUAAACAAGUCCGGUGGAAGAUGAAGAAGAUAGAAAACACCCCUGAAAUGUUUAUCACAUGAAAACUAUGAAUCUUUGCUGAUUUACAUUCAGAAAAUAGAAGUUACAGAGUCGGUUCACUAAAAUAGAAAAAAAGUUUUAUUGUCAUCUAGACAUGUAGAUCGCUCUUACAUCAACAUCAAUGAGAUCAAACUCGCACAGGAUUCAAAUAUUAGAAAAAAAACAGAAACAUGUCCAAAGAUGAUUAAAUAUGUUACUCAGAGUCUCUGGAAUUAUUCCUCCUCAUCCGUGCUGACUGCAUAUUGAUGCCUUUAGUGUUUUGGGAGCUUAAAUUGAGCCUGAACCAAAAAGUGCAUGAUUAGUGAACCCGCUGAACUGUAUCUUGUAAUCUUAGCUGUCUUUGCAGAGUGUAUGGUGAUCGGGGGUGUGAAGAGGGUUGUUUCAUUCACCGAGUGUGCCACAGAUUCCGUCAAACUCGCAUGAAAUGUCAGAUUUUACCGGGAGACGAGGGACGAACUGCACACUCUUCGUUCUGACAGAGAACACGCACCUCCGCCAAGGCUCAACAAUCCCACAUCUAAAUUCAUUAAAUCCAUAUUUUUUAUUUCAAAAAAGAAAAAUCCUGGAUUCGACCCUUGAUCUGAAUCCACGCCAAAUCUUAUUGGGUUCUCUCUCCUGAUCCAAACCACAUCCUCUCACCAAGCUCCGUGGUAACUGUCCAGUACAGAAUUAGGUUUAAGUUAAAAUGAGGCUUUAAAAGUAUGAUUUUAUUUCUUUUAAGGAUAUAGAAAGAGUUGAAAAAGUGCGAAUCUAAAUCCUAAUUUCCUUGUUUUUGCCUUUAAUGUUUAUGUUGUGAUCAUCAUCAACUGUCACUCUGCAAUCAACACGAAAAAAAGCCAAACAAGCAGCAUGGUCAGUUUUGUCAUAUCCACAUGGAGGGAACACACACACACACACACACACACACACACACACACACACCACACACACACACACACACACACACACACACACACACACACACACACACACACACACACACUCUGAAUCUCCCAGUGACGGCAGCAGACAGUGUGGAUGUGUUAAGUGAACUCUGCUCGUCUCAGUGCACUUUAUGCACAGUGGCUAUAUUUGAAUCAGCGGGACAGUUCUUCACUUCUUCACAGGAACAUCCUGUCACGUUAUUUGGCCCAAAACGUCUUCUCAGCUUCUCCUCAGUGAUUUGGAUCUAAUUCAGUUUUGUUAAAACGGCAAAUGAAAAACCCCAGAUGUUGUUACGUACAUAAUUUAUAGUCAAAGUAGUGAAUAAUUCACUAUGUUUCAUAUUUAAAGCAAGAAUGUAUACAACCUCAGCCGUACAGACAUUUAUGCACUAGUCACCACAGUUGGACAAUCAUUCCACAAAUGCAAUGCAAUGCACAAUUAAACUAACCAACUGUUCUGUAGCCUUGAUUUAACAUGAGUCUCUGUGUCAUUCUAUAGCUUUAUAUAACCAAUUAUAAUGAAAGAUCUAUGUGAUGGUAAUUAAUUUAACAGAUUAAUCUUUAAGUCUAUAACAUGUAAAAAAAACUAUAUAAAUUAAUGUCCCGAUAUAGUUCAAAUCACAAUGACGCUCAGUUUCAUAUAAUGUGAAACAAAUGUGUAAAAACGUCUGAGAAUCUGGAAUCAUCAAAUAAACAAUUGAUAAAUGUGAUUUUCAAAAUAGUUGGAUUGGUUUCCUCUCAUUUUAAACAGAGAUCCUGUUAUAUUGCCUUUUGAGAAGACCCCUCCUCAGGGCAUGGUCCCACUCAUGAAUGUAGCAGUGGAGAAACUUCACCCCCACGUUCACGUCCAAUCUGUGCGACCGAGGACGUGAAUAAAACAUUUGCUGCCUGUGGCAAAGCAAAUCCACAGCAUGGCUUUGUGGGGAUUUCCACUUCGAACUUUGACCGGCAGCAUUCUCCUGCAUUCAGGGAGGUGUGAUCAUGCCCCUCUGCAGCUUCUGCUCGUUUACACUGAACCAAAAGAGCCAAGACAUAGACUUAAUUCAACUUCCUCCUUUUACACAGAGAUGGAUCUUACUCUGACUACCUCCACUGCUGACACCAAGGCAGAACAAAGCCCCCUGACUCUCGUGUCUUUACCUUUUAUACUAAAUGGCGCAACACUCCCCCCCCCUUGAUCAGGCUGUAAAAGAGGCCUCGGUAUAGUUUACAAGUCGGAUAACAAAAAGCUAAAUAUUCGAACGCAAGACUGAGCAAAAACAUUUUGCAGUAAAACAAUAAUCUUGUUACUUAUCAGCCGACAAAUACUGUGUGUCACAGUAAACCGUGCAACAAGCUAAUAUCAGCCGGACCAAUUUACUGGUUCUAAUUAUCGGUUUAUCAAUGCAACGUUUCUUUUUCUCCUCCCACUUGAUACUGUACGAAGCUGCGAUCUUUGUGAAUACGGCUGCUGCUUCUUGGACAGUCGCAGAAAGCCUGUGAUAAACACUAUGGAAGCUUCCACACGGUGUCGGCUCAACACAGCCUGGACGCAGAAAGUGUGAUGACAAUAUUUAGCUGUUUUUCUUUCUUCUAGUUUUGGGUGGUUUCCAAAAGACCGAGCACAAAUGAAUUUAUGUCGUCCGGCUGAUUCAAGUUUCUCUACUUUAUUAAAUGGGACGUGGUAAUGGAUGAAGUGAUGUAAUGUGUGGAACUGUGCCAAGGAGUUAAUGUAACACAGCCUUAAAUGACCCAUACGGAAAAACAACCACUCGUGCCCUCAUUUGGCAUUGAUUUAUUUUUGUUAUCAAUAAUAUUCAAUAGUAAAUUAACUGUACCUGUGAGCCUGUACUGUAUGACAUUGUCUUUAUUUAUGUUAUUUGAUAAAUAUUGUUAUUGAUAACAAUUGUUACUAAUAAACCGUUUAUUGUUGUA